AAUCUAUCUGUGCGAAUCAAUUCUUUUGAACUUAGAAUUUUUCUGACGUUUAUUUCUUAGAGCUUCUCAAAGCUCGUCAUGGUUUUAUAGUGACGAUUGAUUGGCGGCAUGUUCGCACGAAGCGUGGUGAGGAUACACCCUCAUAUAUUGAGAUGUGUGACGCGAAUACGAAGGGUCGAGUCAUUAGCCCCUCCAACUCACUUAUGGUUCCGGAGCUGUUCUUCACACUCAACCACGGAACUCCCACCGAAACCCCCCGCAGAUCACCGAGAACUCGGCAUCCAACAAGAACUGUUCGUAACCUCCAAAUAUAGUCCAGGCUCGCCUCUAUUUCUGCCUAACGGUGCUCGAAUAUUCAAUCGCCUCGUCGAGUUCCUUCGAAAGCAAUAUGGACGAUAUGGCUUUGACGAGGUUAUUACGCCUACUAUCUAUAAAAAGUCGUUAUGGGAGAAAUCGGGUCAUUUAGAACAUUACGGCGAUGACAUGUUCACUGUGACUAGCAUGUCGCCGUCAAGAAGCGAUAGUGGCGGCUACAACAAAGACACAGACGAAUAUGGCCUUAAACCAAUGAAUUGCCCGGGCCAUUGUCUGAUAUUUGCGGCCGUACAUCGGGGUUAUCGAGAAUUACCUGUUCGAUACGCCGAUUUUUCACCCCUCCACAGAAACGAACUGUCCGGCGCCCUAAGUGGCUUAACUAGAGUGCGGCGUUUCCAUCAAGACGAUGGCCAUAUUUUUUGCCGACCGAUACAAAUUGAGGAAGAAAUCAGCAAGACACUCGACUUUGUCCGUGUUGUCUACUCGACUUUGAAACUAGGUUCUUACCGAUUAACACUCUCGACACGUCCUGCAGAGCAUUACAUCGGGACUAUUGAGGAAUGGGAUAGCGCCGAGAAUGGUCUUAAAAGAGCUCUAGACGCCUCCGGUCAAGGAUGGACUAUAAAUGAGGGUGACGGUGCAUUCUAUGGACCCAAGAUUGAUAUAAUAUUGAGGGACUCGGAUGGCAAGGAACAUCAAACAGCCACAAUACAACUCGAUUUCCAACUACCGAAACGAUUUGGCUUAACUUACCAAGCACCAGCGCCUGAAUUCGAGCGGAGAGGAGAAAUCACAACCGAUCAGGCCUUACUAAAACAAAAUGGAAAGGUAACGCCCGUCCUCAUCCACAGAGCUGUGCUAGGUUCAGUGGAGAGAUUGAUGGCCUUGCUCAUCGAACACUACAAUGGCAAGUGGCCAUUUUGGUUAAAUCCGAGGCAGGUGAUAAUACUCACAGCCCACGAGGAUGCAGAUGGAAAAGUGAAUGAGUUAGCCAGGACUGCCCAAGCCGUCCUAAUGGGUAUGGAUGGGCCAGCUGAUGGUCCAAUUGCCAACCCAUUUCAAUUAACGGUAGAUAUUGAUGAAACUAGCCGAAAGUUGCCGCGCAAAGUGCAAGCAGCUAUAUCUAAGGGCUACGGCGUUAUUGUCACCGUUGGCCCAGCCCAGGUUUCCGAUGGGACUGUCACUGUCGACUUUUCAAGAUUGGACAGUGCUGACACUGAACGUCGCGUGAUGAAGCCAGAAGAAUUAUAUGACAUUCUCAAGAAGAAAGUUGAAUCAUUCGAAUAAUAAAAAAUCGUAGACUCUGUAGUCUGCUUCAAUUGAUCCAUUAUAUUCAUAUUAAUCCCAUAUCUAGUCGUUUUAUGAUCUGAGUAAACAUUGAUGACAAUGCCUGCGCUUUGGCCGUCAUCUACAUCAUGAGCCCUCUCCGUCCGAACUUUUUCCUCCAAACCUUUCAUGUAAAUCCCUCUGCCGGGCCUCCAUCCUCUCUAGAAUUUUGACAGGCCUAGAAGAUUGCGGUAAUAGUCAAUAUAUGUGCUAUAAUCUAUAGGGGGGGAAACUGAAGUGAAGGGCUACUUGCUCUUUCAAGUGAUCUGGGACAGUAGCUCCCCGCGUCUCGGCUUCCUCAACUAAUUCGCGUCGUCGGGCAAGUUGCUCCCUCAUAUACUUCACCGUUUCCUUCAGUACAAAACCUUCGGAACGACCGUGGCCUUC